GUCUUGCGGCAGCAGACCGCUGUGUGUUCGCCUGCUCUUUUGUGCCGGCAGCUGGGAUUGUUCUUGGCCCCGUCUGACCUCCUUGUCACCCCCCGUGUGAGUGUGUGUGUUUGUGUGUGGGAGCGCGAGGGGUCCUGGAACGUGGACUGAGUGGAGGGGAGGGUCACCGGUUCGGGUGUCCGGACAGAGGAGGAGAGAAACAUCUGCCUCCAAAACAGCUGGACAUGCACAUCAGCUCUUCUGUUGGGGGUCUCGGACUGACAUAACCUCGGCCAAUCACAGCCUGAGUUAGAGGUGGCGGCCCAUAGGGGGCGUGAUGGCGGCCAUGCCGUUCGUCAGCGAGGGGAAGUGUGUGAGUGUGGAGUGGGACUUCCUACAGGGGCUCCUCGCCAAACCACCCACCUUACCCUGCUUGCAGAACUUGAGGAAGGAGAAGUCGCGCAAUGCAGCUCGUUCUCGGCGGGGUAAGGAGAACUUUGAGUUCUUCGAGCUGGCGAAGAUGCUUCCGCUCCCCGGGGCAAUUACCAGCCAGCUGGACAAGGCCUCCAUCAUCCGCCUCACCAUCAGUUACCUGCACAUGAGACACUUUGCCAGCCAGGGAGACCCACCCUGGAGCCCUCUAUUGGAGGGAGAGAACAACUGCAACAAGGUGCGAAGAACAAGUCAUUCGUUGGUCACUGACAUCUUUGAACAGCACCUGGGAGCUCAUCUACUACAGUCUCUGGAUGGAUUUGUGUUCGUGGUCAGUCAGGAAGGCCGAUUUCUGUAUAUCUCAGAGACUGUGUCCAUCUACCUUGGCCUUUCACAGGUUGAGUUGACUGGAAGUAGCGUAUUCGAUUACAUUCACCCUGCGGAUCAUGUUGAGAUGGCAGAGCGUCUUGGCAUUAGGCCACACCUCCGGGCAGAGGCAGGCUGUCAAACGUCCCACGAGAGUGCUUCAAACUCCGCCUCCACAUCCUCACUGGCCGGCACUCCAGAACCAGUACCAUCUAGUCCCUGUUCUCCAGUCAUUGAGCUAUCGGAACGUGGAUUCUUCAUCAGGAUGAAAUCCACCCUCACCAAGCGUGGCCUCCACAUUAAAUCCUCAGGCUAUAAAGUGAUUCAUGUGACAGGUCGGAUUCGGUGUCGGCCAGCCCUGGUGCCAGGCUCCUCCCACCCCUUGCAUCGACCAAUGGGAUUGGUUGCUCUGGCUCACACACUUCCACCCUCCAUGCUCAAUGAGGUGCGCAUGGAAAGUCACAUGUUUGUCUUCAGAGUCAACAUGGACCUGCAGGUCACCUACUGUGAGAACAGGAUUUCAGAGUAUAUGGACCUGAGCCCAGCUGAGGUGGUUGGACGUACUUGCUACCACUUCAUCCAUGCAGAAGACCUGGACACCAUUAGGCAGAGCCAUGAAGACUUGCUGCGGAAAGGGCAGGUUGUGACGGGGUAUUAUCGCUGGUUGCAAAGGAGAGGAGGGUAUCUGUGGAUUCAGUCCUGUGCCACCGUGUCCAUUAACCACAAAGCGCCCCAUGAGCGUAACGUCAUCUGGGUCAACUAUGUGCUCAGUCGACCAGAGCUGGCAGACAUGCCUCUGGACUUAUUACAACUCCCAGAAAGCCUGAGGGCAGAGAGGCUUCAAGCAAGCUCCUCCCCACGCAAAACCUCUCCAAAGGCACAAGGCUCCACAGGGACACAGCCAUUGAAAGGCAGGACCGAGACAGACCACAAAGGGAAGGAAGCCUUCUCACACACUGCUGGCAGCCAAUCAGAGAACACCAGAAAGAGAUCGCACCAGUCUGAUGCUGAAAGUGGUCCUCCUGAGGUGAGGAGGCGGAUGGAGGUGUUCCGGCAGAGAGAGGACAGCCCAUAUACCUCCUCAGAUCAAGCCAGUGACAGCGAGGUGGAAGAGGACGAUGAGAGGGAGAGUGAGUGGGACCACAACCCCACCAGCAAACGGGUGAAGAGCGAAGAGGGGCAGUUGAAACAAGGCAACGGGGCCAAUGGAGCAAGUAAGAUCCACAACGGUCGUGCAGUGAUCCAGCAUCUUAAGAGUGUGGUGACCAGUUCCGGGUCUAAUAUUAAGACUGAACAAGAAGUAAUGGGAACAAGUGUAGGUGUGGGUUCUGGGAGGCGUUGGAGCCAAGCUCAGCCCAGCAGUGGAGGAACCAAUGGCAGCAGUCCACCUUCCCAACCUCAAAACUCCACCCCGACAGAAGAUCCAUCCAAGGGUCUGUUCAACCCAUCCUCCCCGACCCUGUCUCCGCCCAUUCUGGCCUCAUCCCUACCCAGAGAUGAUCGGUCCAUCCACGGAGGGCGUGCUCCAGACUUCGAACUGCUGCAGAGACUGACUGCUAGUGGGGCUGCAGGACAUGUCCUAUUUCAUCCCCUGGCUCUCGGCCCACAGGGGCCUCAGAGUCUCUAUGCUCCCAGCACUAUUCGCUACGCCCCACCUGAGAUGCCUACAGCUCACACUGAAGGGCACCGCUCAGACCAUGCGGCCAAAACUCCCGCUUUCUUUCCCCACUUGCAAAGGAUCGCCUCUCUGCCUCCCUUCAGUGGUUUUUCUCCAGCUGAACACACUUUUCCUCCAACUCUGCCCUUCUGUAUGAACGGACUGAGGGGAGCAGCAGGGACAGAUGAGGAUUGAAGGACAAAGACAGAUAAAAAUAUAAAGGGGAGGUGGAAGAGGUCAUAAAGGACAGGGUACAACGUUGAGAGAGGAACUGCAGAAGAACUUGGGGUUUUUCAAACAGUCUUCCGAGCAUCCUCUCCAGACUUUUCUCUGUUAAUUUGUUAGUGUGUCUUCCUCUCUCUGGACAAGCAGUCAAAGCCAUAAUGAACAUAUGAAGGACAUCAUGCAACUUACACAAAGGGGCCAUCAUUGAGGCCUAAAUCACUGGAAAUACAGGUCUGUCAUGUGGAAGGAGAGCCGAGGACAUUGUCCUGGGGUUUCAUACAAAGGUCCUCUUUGACCCCUAGGGAGAUGGGCCCACCUAUAAAUUUUUUCCAAGUCCCCAUACAUUUAAGAAAACACACAGGAAUAUGCAAGUAUGGACAAAAGAAGAAUGGUGGCAACUGCCAAAUAAGACAUUCCUAAGGAAACAAUACAUAAGAAAGCACAGUCCACAAGUCCCUGACUGACAGAGGGGUCGUAAUGAAAAUAAAGAUUAGAACUUUUGAACAGUGUAGAAUUUUCAUUUUUGUAUUAAAAAUGCAUCUAAAACGAAUCACUUGAAAAAUGAUUAAUUCAAGGUCAUAGCCAUAUAUAGAUAACGCUGAGUUAAGAGACUCCAUACAUGCAAAUGCUCCAAAUGUUUUUUUUGUUUUUUUUUCACAAGACAUGAGCAAAUAUCAUGGACUAAUCUUCCUAUACGAAAUUUUGGGGUUUUGGGGGGUGGUGGUGGUUAAGUGUGUCUAUUUGUCAAGUAUCAUGUCCAAGCACUUACAGUAUAUUGUUGCAUACAUGUAGCACUUCAUCCAUGGCCAGACAUUCUAGUUCUCCUACUGUAAAAACCACAAGAAUUAAGUUUACAAUAGUUGUGCCAGAAAUGUGCCGAUGAUUCCAGAAACUAACAUGUGGAGAAUGUUGUCUGUUAUAUAAAGGUGUAAUGUUUUAUUUUAAAAUAAAUUGUCCACUGGA